CUUUGUCGUUGACACGGAAGUCCGCCACGUACCCAGCUUUCCUCAGGAGUGCGUGAAUGAUGAAUGAGGCAAGAUGGCAGCGAAACCCGUUGCAAACUUACCUCUAUUUGAUUGUCCAUCAUGGGCAGGGAAACCUCCCCCGGGGUUGCAUCUGGACGUUGUGAAAGGGGACAAGCUAGUGGAGAAGCUGAUUAUCGAUGAGAAGAAGUACUACCUGUUUGGGAGGAACCCGGACAUGUGCGACUUCAUCAUCGACCACCAGUCCUGCUCACGUGUGCACGCGGCCCUGGUCUACCACAAACACCUGAAGAGACUAUUCCUCAUCGACCUCAACAGCACCCACGGCACCUUCCUGGGUCACAUCCGGCUGGAGGCCCAUAAGCCCCAGCAGGUGCCCAUCGACUCCACCGUGUCGUUCGGGGCGUCGACCCGCGCCUACACCAUCAGAGAGAAGCCCCAAUCACAGCCCAGCUCUGCUCCCGGGGAGGCCGGGGAGGACGAGGAGCUGAAGGGCCUGCUGGGGCUCCCAGAGGAGGAGACGGAACUGGAGAACCUGACGGAGUUUAACACGGCCCACAACAAGCGCAUCUCCACCCUCACCAUCGAGGAGGGCACCCUGGACCUGCAGCGGCCCAAACGCAAGAGGAGGAACUCCAGAGUCACCUUCAACGAGGACAACGAGAUCAUCAACCCAGAGGACGUUGAUCCCUCUGUGGGGCGGUUCAGGAACAUGAUUCAGACAGCAGUCGUCCCCAUGAAGAAGAAGAAGCUGGAGGGCCCGAACGCGCUGGGCCUGGAGGACUCCGCGGGGCGGAGACUGCAGAGCUUCCCGUUCAGCGGCGGCCUCUACGGCGACCUCCCGCCCAGCAGCCACGACGCCCAGCACCUGGGGGGCCCGGGCGGGGCCGGCGCCAUGCUGGCCCUCCCCUUCCCAAACCCCGCCCCCGACGUGGACCUAUCGCCGACCACCGCCCAGCCGCCCGUCACCCUCAAGCCCGCCCCCGCCGCUUUCGUCUCCGAGGCGACGCUCAACGAGCCCCGCAAGAAGAAAUACGCCAAGGAGGCGUGGCCUGGGAAGAAGCCCACCCCCUCCCUGCUCAUCUAGCCCCGCCCCUCUGCUCAUCUAGC